UCAUUACAAGAUAGUUUCCUCAGAAGUAAUCACAUGACCCACUUGAAAGUAAUCAAAAUAGAUAAACAUGAGAUGACACGAACAAGGCGACAUUGUCACUGUGCGCUUGUUACAAUACGGAAGAUAGUGUGUAGUUUGUUAGCGUGUGCACUGUAUGCGAAAGGUUUACGGAAAAUAACAUGUGGGCAAUGAUUUGUACAUUAUGUAUGUGGACGAUGGCUGGUCAAACGGCAGCGACAUCCAGGCAUCUGGUUGGGGGUCCAUCAUCCUAUGAGGGCCGAGUAGAGGUGUAUUUCAACGGGACCUGGGGUACCGUUUGCGAUGACGGUUUUGACAACAAGAGCGCAGCUGUCGUCUGCAACAUGCUCAAUCUUCCGAUUUCCGGAGCCCAACAUAAGGAUAGUGCCUAUUACGGUCCGGGUACUGGCACCAUAUGGCUGGACGAUGUUCUGUGCCUUGGAAAUGAGAGCGAUAUAGACCGGUGUCCACACAGAGCUUGGGGAACCAACAACUGUAAUCACCAAGAAGAUGUGGGCGUCGUUUGCGCUUAUGCUGCGACACCCGUGCGUCUGGUCGGGGGUCCAGCAGCCAAUGAAGGCCGAGUUGAAGUGUUUUACCAGGGGGUUUGGGGAAGCGUGUGCGAUGACCUUUUUGACACGAAGAGCGCAGCUGUCGUCUGCAACAUGCUCAACUUGACCAGUUCCAGAGCCCAGCCAAAACCAGGUGCAUACUACGGCCCCGGCACCACCACGAUCUGGUUGGACGAUGUCCGGUGCAAUGGCAAUGAGACCAAUAUCGACAUGUGUCAACACAACGCGUGGGGAACCAACAACUGUAAUCAUUCUAAAGAUGUGGGCGUCUUGUGCGAUCAAGGUUGUGGAGCAUGGAAUAGUGAUUCUAGUUCGGUAAACUAUCAAACUAUAAAAUACAAAAACGGGACCACGUUCGGCGCAGAGGCUGUUAUGACGUGCUACUCGGGUUACCAUGUCGUCAACAAAACUAACACACGUUCUGAAUCAGCGAUAUGUACUGGGAAUGGUACAUGGAGUACACCUACAUAUUCAGCGUGUGUUCAUACAGAUUGUGGAGGUUGGUACAGUGAUUCUAAUUCGGAUUACCAUCAUCAAAUAAAAUACAAAAACGCGACAACGUUCGGUUCUGAGGCUGUUAUGACGUGCAAUCCGGGAUACCAUGUUGUCAACAAAACAAACACACGAUCUGAAUCAGCUUAUUGUACAGAAAAUGGCACAUGGAGUGCACCUAUCUAUUCAGCGUGUGUUCCAAUAGAUUGUGGAGAUUGGCAUAGUGAUAAUAUUUCUGAUAACCAACUAGCAAUAAUCUACAUAAACGCGACAACGUUUGGUUCUGAGGCUGUAAUGACGUGCAAUCCGGGGUACCAUGUCUUCAACAAAACUAACACACGAUCUGAAUCAGCUGUUUGUACAGAGAAUGGAACAUGGAGCACACUUACUUGUUCGGCGUGUGUUUUAAUAGAUUGUGGGAAGUGGUAUAGUGAUUCUAGUUUGGAUAACCAUCAACCAAUUAUUUACAAAAACGCGACAACUUUCGGUUCUGAUGCUGAAAUGACGUGUAAUCCGGGGUAUCAUGUCGUCAACAAAACCAACACACGUUUUGAAUCUGCUACUUGUACAGCGAAUGGAACAUGGAGUCCACUUACAUAUUCAGCGUGUGUUCCAAUAGAAUGCCCAGUAUUGGAUACUAACGACAAUCUAACAAUCGAAUUGGCGCCAAAUCCAUCAAAGGCAAUCUCCAACACGACGGCAACGUUUUCUUGUUCACCGGGCACGACGCUGGUCGGUUUGGCAACAUUAACAUGCAGGAUUACUGGUCAAUGGACAGGACCUGCACCUAAAUGCAUUGUGUUGCAAGAGUAUGUUGGUAAUUGUUCUAUCGACAUGGAUACCAAAAAAAGAACUUGGAACGAAACACAACCGGGGAGGAUUGUUGAGGAUGAUUGUCCAAGUGGAUUUUUCGGGAAAGUAAGUCGGCAAUGUAGUCAGGAAGGAAAAUGGCUCAAACCUUUUUACAACUGCGUAUCCAAACGCGUAGCUGAAUUAAUAUCAACGGUGGAAAGACUCAAAGAAUCACCGACUGCUGCGAAAAUCACCGACAGUCUUGAUCAGCUAGUUAAUGUAACAAAACCUGCAAACGGUACAGCCUACAUUGGCGAACUUAACGCUAUAACUGACAUGCUGGACACGAUAGCAAGCGUCAGUGACUACAAGGAGGUUACACAUGAGCAAGCCAAUUCGUUCUUUACCGCAACAAGUAAUUUACUGGAUAGUGAUAACGCUGAGUCAUGGCAAUCAGGGGACGACCACUAUGAAACUGAUGUGCCACCUGACGGAUCUAACACGAGUACGGCUGAUUAUGGUGCGAUGAAAGUUGUUAAUGUGGUUGACAAAUAUACAGACAUUUUAAUGCUUUCACUAGGAAACGAGACUGAUACCAGUAAAACUAUACCUACGUAUAAUAUGGUCGUGCAUGUCACACAGAUAAACAAAACAGCAGCCGAGUUGAAAUUUCCAAAUUUUUCAAGCUCUAUAAUUCUGCCGAACACUUCAUUAAUUGGAUCGCUCUCCAUCGGAGCAGUUUUGUACAAAAAUCUGACAGGACUCAUUUCAUCAGUGUUGAAAAAUUACAGUGAAUCCACUAUAAAUUCAGAAGUUGUGACCGUGACCUUAGAUAACUGGGAAAACACCACCGACUUUGUGGUAGACAUAACAAUGAAGUACGCUCAGGACCUACAUGCACCACCUAUUUGUAGUUUUUGGAAUGCCGCAAUUUUUUCCUGGGACACCUCCGGAUGUCGAGUCCUGUCCUCAGAACAUUCUAGCGCAACGUGUCGUUGCACGCACCUGACGAAUUUUGCAGUCCUCAUGAGUCCAAUUAUUCAGAGCAAUGUGAACACGAAAGACAUCGACAUCAUUUCUAUAGUCGGUUGUUCAAUAUCAUUGGCCGGAUUGGGGCUGACAGUUAUUGUCCAUAUUGUGCUUUGGAAGUAUGUUGGCAAACGACGUGUUGCAGUGCUGUUGAAUUUGUCUAUAGCUAUCAUCAUUUCUUACGUUAUGUUUAUUGGCGGCAUCGACAGAACGGAAAACAAGAUCGUGUGCACAACCGUGGCGUCUUUGUUGCACUACAUUUACCUGGUAGUUUUCUCCCUUAUGCUGGUAGAAGGUAUCGACAUCGCCGUUUCUAUAUUAAUUGUCUUUAAAACAAAAUCGAAAUUGAAAUGGAUGCUGACUGCAGCUUGGGUUGCUCCUGCUGUGAUCGUUGGAACUACGCUUGGUGUUACCAAAACAGAAGGAUACGGCAACGAACAGUCAUGCUGGUUGACCAUCAAGGAAGGUGUCAUUUGGGCCUUUGUUGGACCAGCACUGCUAGUGGUCUUGGUCAACUUCGUCAUUCUAGUGAUUGUGAUAAGGGCAACACUAAGAUCGUAUGCAAUGGCAAAGAAGUCAACAGUUGAAAGAUCAAAAUCAGCAGUGCGGUGUCUAGUAGUACUACUACCUUUAAUGGGACUAACGUGGGUUCUGGGGGUUUUCUAUCUGGACGAAAGCAUGGCCUGGGUACAGUACGCCUUCGCUGUGUGCAACAGUCUGCAGGGUUUUGUGAUUUUCUUGUUCCAUUGUGCUUUCAACAAAACGCUUUGGAAAGCAUAUAAAACAAAACAACAAAGGUCGUCGUACGCCAGUAGCACUUACCUAAAAUCUAGAAGCACUUCAGUAAGAUCGAUAACUACGGAACACAGCGAAGUAUGCAUGACCGUACACGACCAAUCCAGAAUACCAUCAGUUGACGCAUUGGCCAAUACACGCUUUAGCGGCUUGCCUGACAGAAAACCAAUGCAAACAACUGAGGUUACUGACAAAGAAGAACACAUCUAUGAUAUCGUUGAACACUUUGAGAAAAGCGCUAAUGAAGAGACGAUUCAAAGUAAAGAUGAUGCGAAAUCGGUGAACACAGAUAGGAAUGACGUCGGAAUGGAAAAUAAGACACAACAAGACUUCUAUAGCGAAGUGUUAUAGAUGUUUAAGUGUAACUAAAUCAAACAUGUUUGCGGAUUUUUGAAUACAUCACCGUUUGGAAAGUCUCAUAAAACCACGAAAAGUCUCCGAUGUCCAUGCGCAUAAUGCUGUUAAGAAAAAUAUUUCACGGACAUAAUAAACGAAAAUAAAAGGUUGUUUGGUUUAUAUUAUUUAGUAUUUAAACAUUGAAAGACAGUUUAGAAAUUCAUACCGCUAACAUGUAUGAUAUUUGAAUAUUUAUGCAAGAGUUUUAUGCGAUCUCACAUGGGUGAUGUCGCCUCGUUCAAUAUGGAUUUUUUCAGUUCACCGUCACGCAAUACUGCACAACUACAACUCUAUUUUGUAUAAUAUAACACAUAGACAUUCCAUAUUAGUUAACUUGUUUUAUAUACUGUAAUAUUUGUUACAUAGUUGAAGGCAAAUAUAAACAGUCAUCACGGAAAGAACGGAAUGUGUGGAAAACAACCCAAGAUGGUGAAAGUUGUGUGCCACAUGAUAGAGAUUUCUCAGAUAUACUUUCACGUGUUCUUGAUGAUGUUGCUGUCAGUGAAAAUUUAAUUCAAUUUAGACGGAAAGUAUUGUUCUCUGUUGAACGUGCAAUUACUGUGAAGUUAAACACAUUGUUGCAUAAUAUACGAGCUUAUAUAGUUGGAAGUCAAAUCGAGGGCACUACAAAAGCCGAAAUGAUGUAUGAUACAGACUUCUUGCUUCGUUUUGAUACGUUUCGUUUGUUUCUUGAUUCGGAAAAUCCACCUCUU